UUCGAAAACGGAUUGUACCCCGGCUUUGUUCUCUAUUCUGCGGCAACUGGUCGAUAAAUCGUGCGGCCAGGGUGUCCGAAUGACCGCUUCGGAUGACAUUUCGGGAUCUUUACGAUGCCUGGUUCGACGCUGGUGGCUUGUUUCAUAAGGAAUAUCGUUUACGGGACUAAAUCCGAUAGCAAACAGCUAUCGGACCCCAGCUACGACUCGAACCGCGGUGACAUCGCUGCAGGAUCCGUUCAGGGCCUCUGUGCUGUGAUGAGUUCCGUUUCCCUGACGACGGCCACCUUCACAUCCAGCUCCGAGAAGCUGAGCAAGAGCAACAAGUCCAAGAAGCAGGAGCUGCUCAAGAAUUUCACAAGGAGCUACAGCCUGACCAGCAGCAGUUGCAACAACAGCGAAGCAGCCUUCAAGUCGUUGUCUACAGAGAGGAGGUUUUCGUUCGAUGAUAUACUGGACGAAAAAGAAGAGGACGUCCGUCCAGAAAGAACUUCUUCCCUGUCUCAGCUCCUAGACUUGGACUCCUCCGACACCGACGUCAAAGUCGAACACAAGAGUCGCGACUUCUUUCGGCAGUCGUCGCGGACGUCAUCCACGGAGACCGUCUCUAGCGAAGGACACAGAACCAAGAUGUUCACAAAAAAGAUCACGCAGGACAUGUCUUCCUCCCUGUCCUCCUUGUCCUCGAAAGUCACGGUAUCGUCGAAAGCAGCAUGUUCCAAGUCUUCCCAAUCAGCUCAAAAUCUUCAUCAAACAGGUGUUCCUGAAAGUAGAGGCUGCUAUAUGUCGCAGUUCCUGAACCGCAAGAAAAACGGCUCUCCCUGCCCCGUAAGCCCCAGUAGACCUCCUCAAGUGCCCAAACCUCAGCCGGACAAAAUCCAAGAGGAUCUAGACCUCCUAAUGCAAGGCGACGAAUCUCCAGAUAGGGCGCUGGCCAUGGGCCGGAUCAUCGCCCGGAUGGACGCGCACAUCGAGACCCUGAAGAUAACCACGACGAGGAAAGAGAUCCUAGAGAACCUGGCCACGAUGAAUGACCUCAUCCGUAAAUCGUGGGCCGUGAGUACGGUCGGGUACGACCUCGGUUCCAGCUUGUGCAAGAGCAUGCUUACAAAUGGUGCCAUGGACAUCUUGCUUCGGAACUUCGACUCGGACGAUGGUCACAUCCAAUUCGAAAGUGCCCGACUGCUGGAACAGUCUCUCAUCACGUGCAACCGGGAACACAUUGUCAAGCACGGCCUGGAGACUGUCGUGCGCGUCGCCUGCGAAUGUGCCAGAUCACCGUGUGCGGAACGAUCUAGAAUCGGCGUGGGAAUCCUGGAGCAUCUUUUCAAAAACUCAGAAGAAACUUGCAAGGAAGUCAUCCGGCUCAAAGGCCUGACGUCCAUCAUUCACACCUGCAGAAAUACCGAUGUCGAAACCCUGAGGCAUGGUGCUGCUGCUUUGGCUAACUUGUCCCUGCACGGAGGGCCUGAAAACCAGGAGGCCAUGAUUCAACACAAGGCACCUGAAUGGUUGUUUCCGCUAGCUUUUCAUGUCGACGACAACAUCAAGUAUUACGCUUGUUUAGCGAUCGCAGCGCUGGUAGCCAACAAAGAGAUAGAGGCGGCGGUCCUUCGCUCGGGAACGUUGGAUCUAGUCGAGCCUUUUGUGACCACGCACACCCCUGAUGAGUUCGCCCAGAGCACGGUGGCGCACGUGCAUGGCCAGUCCCAGAACUGGCUGCGGAAGCUGGUGCCAGUUCUCCAAAGUAAAAGGGAAGAGGCCAGAAGCCUGGCCGCCUUCCAUUUUGCCAUGGAGGCUGGCAUCAAGAAGAGACAGAACAAGACUAAAUUGUUCCACGACAUCGGUGUGAUCGAGCCCCUCAAGAAAGUGGCCAGUUCUCCCAAUAACAUGGCUUCCAAGUACGCUGCCCACGCUCUGCAGCUGAUAGGAGAGCCCGUCCCACACAAGCUCUCCCAACAGGUGCCGCUAUGGACAGUCGAAGACGUAGUCGAAUGGGUCAAACAGAUUGGCUUCCCUCAAUGUUGCAACGAGUUUUUGAACAGCAGAGUAGAUGGCGAUUUGCUUCUGCAACUAACAGAAAAAUCACUGGAAAUGGACAUAGGAAUAUCUAAUGGAAUUCUGAGAAAAAGGUUCCUCCGCGACCUGAACCAACUUAAGAAGCUGGCCGACUACUCGUCUUGCGACCCCUCGGCCCUGGGGGCCUGGCUUCAGGGCGUGGGCCCGGAGUUCUGCCAGUACACCUACCAAAUGCUCCUGAGCGGAGUCCACGCAGGGAACCUCAGGGACCUGUGCCCCGAACAGUUGCAGAGCGAGUGCGGGAUCGCCAACAGUAUACACAGGAUGAAGCUUUCCCAAGCCAUCAAAGGCAUGCACUGUAAUCGAAAUGACUUCGAAUCUGAUGACGAUGUGAACCACAAAAGUUUAGAUGUCUUCAUCAGUUACAGACGAUCAAAUGGCUCUCAGUUAGCGAGCCUACUUAAAGUCCAUCUACAGCUGAAGGGGUUCUCCGUUUUCAUCGACGUGGAACGAUUGGAAGCUGGAAAAUUCGACAGCAACCUGCUCCAGAGCGUCCGGCAGGCCAGGCACUUCAUCCUGGUACUGACGCCGAACGCACUCGACCGCUGCAUCGAUGACGUCGAAUGCAAGGACUGGGUGCAUCGGGAGAUAGUGGAAGCUGUCAACAGUGAAUGCAACAUCAUCCCGAUUAUGGACAACUUUAAAUGGCCGGACCCGGACUCUCUGCCUGAAGAUAUUAGGACUAUCCCUAAUUUUAACGGAGUCAAUUGGAGUCACGAUUACCAAGACGCAUGCGUGGACAAACUGGAAAGGUUCAUGCGGGGAGAAUCCUGUUCCCGGAUGGAGGGAUCCUUUAGCAAACCCCACGGCAUUGGGACUGUACCGCGCUCCCUGCCGCACAACAGCUACCACCGCAGCAACAGCAACGACAGCGAUAGCAACAGUAGGUGAAGCGAGCCUGCAAAAGUGCAUCAAACUGAUGACGCCCCACCUGUGAUUUGUAAAAAGAGAGGAAAAAUAGUCUUCUGUCAUUCAGUUUCAUCGUUUUUUUAAUUUUUUUCUACUUGAAAAAAGCUAUCAAUUACACCAAUCACUGCAUCAAACUAGUAGGCGAUCUGCUAUCCAAGUUAGUUAGUUCAAAAACGGCACGAUUGAAAUCCGUCUUUCAUAGCAAUAUUUCAGAGGCGCCAUCUAUGAAAAGACUCACUAACUCGAGCGGUUGAGCUCGCCUGUUACACUUAUAUCUAAAUAAUUUACUAUCACAAUAGAACCUCUUUCAGACGGACAAAGUAUUUUAACGCUAAUGAUGCAUGAGAUUUUGUACUACAUCAAUUUAUUCGAAACUUUGUGUGCUCUUGAUAAAACGAAAAAAUGUUGGCUGUUUACUUCCACAAACAGAGUUUUCUGUUGAAAAUAUCCAGAACCUCCAUCAGCAAGUAUAGUACAGUACAUCAGGAAGUGAUACAUUUUCCUUAACUAAGAACAAGAAAGUACUGAAGUUCAUUUUAUUUUGUCAGAUACGCCAACAACUAUGAGUGUUCAUUGUUCACGUGUACCGUCCGCCCGAGUCAUUUAAGCCUACAUGAUUUUUUUUUAUUAACUGCAAUGCUAAUGAUGAUGAUAUAAAUUAUUUCUUUACCAAAGAGAAACGGGCAAACUGAUUUUAUGUACGAAUCUUAUUGCUCUCAAUCUGCUUUGGUUUUAAAUAUACAGGGUGUUCCGUUUUA